UACUCUUUAAGGUUAGCGAUUGAAAGGGGGAAUUGACCGUCCGGUUACUACAUUUGAGUUGCGGUUUCUGCGGCCGCAGUUAUCCCCUCUGAUUUUGAAUUGUGUUUGGCGCAGACCGUGAAGGCUGGGCGCAGUGAAGCGGAUUAGGGAUGUGUGUCUUUGAUUAUAAUUGAUUAGUGUUCUGACCAAACACUUCCAUUAAUCCUUAUAUCAUUCGUUUCUAUGUUGUUUCUGGGAUCUGACCCUAACGAGCGACCGGACCCGAUUGAAGUCUAACAGAAGACAAGCCAAAGAGAAACAUGGCAGACAUGGUAUCAGUGCAUCAGAAUAACGCGGCUUUAGAUGAGUAUGGGCCUGGUCUAGUUGCAGUCUUUGUUGGAGGAACAAGUGGUAUUGGUGAAUCCACGGCUCAAGCUUUCGUUAGACAUGCUCUAAACCCUCGCGUCUACCUCGUUGGACAGAAUGCCGAGCAGGCAGCGAGGAUAAUUACAGAGAUGCAGGAGUCCAAUCCACGGGCGGAGGUGCGAUUCUUGAAAAAAGAUAUAUCUCUACUAGGUGAUGUAGAUGAUGCAUGCAGGGAAAUCCAGGAAAGGGACAACGAGGUGAAUAUCUUGUUUAUGAGUCCCGGGGUGUCCAAAGGAGGAUACAGCACGCAAGAAGGACUGGACAAAAAGUUAAGCCUUCAUUACUACGCUCGCAUGCGAUUCGUGGUGAACUUGAUGCCGCAGUUGACAAUGGGGAGUAAUCGUCUAUCAAGAGUCAUCUCCGUCCUCGGGGCUGGAGGAGAAGGCCCUCUGAUCCUCGAGGAUCUCGCUUUGAAGACGAAUUACUCUCUACGCAACUGCGCAAACCACGCUAUUACCAUGACAUCUCUGGCAAUGAAUGAGCUGUCUCAGGCUCACCCAUCUAUCUCGUUCAUACACACAUAUCCCGGGGUGGUCAAAACUAAUCUGACACGCGAUAUGGGCACUGUUGCUCACGCAGGAGCAAAAAUGCUCCUCAACCUGGCAGCACCAUGGAUAGUGCCAUUGAAGGAAAGCGGGGAGAGGCACUUGUAUCUGGCCACCAAUAAAAUAUUCGGGCGCUUGGCCACGAGGCGGGUUAUAACUGCUCCGCCUGCAAACACUGAAUUCACGAUGCAAGCCUACCUGGUAGACUACCGUGGGCUUCCGCGUCAGAACCUGAAGCUUCUACAGAGGUAUAAUCGGGAUGGUAUCUCCAGGACCGUUUGGGCACAUACAUUGGAUGUAUUUAAGCAAUGUGAGUGCAAGUGAUUUGAUAUAAGACA